AUGCGAUUCUUCUUCGUGCUCUCCGCUCUAUUCCUUCUUGCUUCGGCGACUUCUCUUCGCGACAAGAGACAGUGCGGUUGCUCGGCGCAGCCGACGUGCUCCUGCCAGCAAUCAACUCCUCAGCAGUACACCUGCGCUUGCCAGCAGCAGGCGCCGACUUCAUCCUGCUCGUGCUCACAGCAAACUGUCCAACUUCAUAAUGCCCAUCUAUGGCAAGUUCCUGGAGCCAAAAUGGAAAUGAUUGUCACCAGAAGAGGAAGAAGCAUAUUCCCCAUUUUGGAAUACAUUAUUAGUGGAAUGGACCAUCAUUCUUAUUACGCGUUGGAGCUUCGAAUGAAGAGAUCGCAGAAUCUCAAGUAA